AUGUUUCGUGUUUUGAUCAUUGCUUCUAUUAUUAUCAGCAUAGUACAUGGUCAAGAACAUUUUCCACCUGUUCCAUAUAGUGAAGCAUGUGUAACACAAGGAUUUCAUGCUGGUCAUCAGGCAAUUGAUAUUGGAUCUUAUGGUGCUAAACGUAUUAAUUUAUAUACUAUUUGGGAUGGAACAGUGAUUGGUGUUUGUAAUGGUGCUGGUGAUUUUGAUCAAAGUAAAUGUGGACAAUGUGGUAAUUAUGUUGAAAUUCAACAUAAUACUGUUAAAGUUCUUUAUUGCCAUAUGACAUCGGGUUCAAUUACUGUGUCGGUUGGACAGCGUGUUGCACGUGCACAAAAAAUUGGUUUAAUGGGUACAUCAGGUUAUUCAACUGGUGUUCAUUUACAUAUACAAGUGAGAGAAAUAAGUAAUGGUCAAUUACGAGAUAUUCGUACUCGUCUUGGACUCAAUGGAUGGAGAACUUGUUAA